AUGUCUUCUAACCUUUCACAGCUGUUAAGAAAUUCGAAGAUCGCACAGGUGCCUAGGUCUACAAAACCUUUGACCUCUGCUGGGCCAAAAUAUGCGCCGACUCAUCAGAUUAUCGAGACGAAACCAUCCACGCUACAUCGUCAAGAAUGGGGUUUAAAGGCAUCACUUCCAUCUAAGAUCAAAACCAAAUACAUUGUCUACAAUGACCUAGAUACUUUGGAAAGGCUCACAACUUUCGAAACUAAUGGCGGAGCUCAAUGGAACAGGUUGAGGUUUCAAGAGCUUGGCGUUGCGCCCAGAUACAAUCCAGGAAAAGCAAAUCCUUUGUUUGAGAUGAGUUCUUCUACGAAAAAUCAGUUAAUUCCUCUAAGCUCUCUGCUGAACAUCAAUGCAUCCACCUCUAGACGGGAUGUAGAAAAGAAACUUGCUCAAAUGAGAGGUCUUCGGGGCGCUUUCAAAAAAUGGCUUUUGGACCGAGACCCUGAGGCUCUUAAGAACAAGUCUUUCAACAUGAAGGAUAUGAGUGAGAAUGCUGUUGAAUUUUUGACAGAAACCUUGAAUCCUGCCGCAGACGCGCAGUCCUCUACGUUACAGAGAGUUGUUGGUACUGGUGGGCUUUCAUAUAAUUUGACGGGAAGAUUAAAGCAAUCGCCUAACGGUGUUAUUUCCAAGACUGUUGUUCCAGGUAGAUUUUUGAAUGUUGAAAGUAAUGAUAGGUUGGCUGCCAUCGGUGGUUUUGUCGCCAAUGCAGGCUCUUCUUCUGUAAACACAUCUCAAGCGGAUUAUAGCAUGGGCGAUUUUGUCAGAGAGUUGAAAUUCCCAUUUGCUGUUAAUCACGCUUCUGUUCAAGAGAAUGGCAAAGUCGUAUUGCGUGCUAAGGUUGUAAGUGGAAUCAGUUCCAAAGCAAGAAUGCAAAUGACCGGAAGGAAUUAUCAACAGCGCCCACUGAAAAGGACUCCAGUGCCACCCAUGAGCUCUGAAGACUCCACGAAGCACGCUGAAGAGCUUCUAAACAUUUUAACCAACUUUGACAGUGGCAAGGGUAAGAAACUAAAAUAA